AUGGAGACAAACCUGGUCGGGUUCUGGUCGGACGGUGACGAGGAGUUUAACUAUGGUGGCGGUGAGAAAGCCAUAAAGCUUGAUUUUCUUGCUUUUUGUUCCAUUUGUAUUGAUGCAUUGAAAGCUCAAAGUGCCUCAAAUAUGGAUGUUGGGGAUGGGAAGUCAGUGGUGAAGCUAUUUCGAAAUGGUCUAACAUCUGUUUCAGCUUUCAAAUGGUUGCCUCAUUGGAGCGCAGAGACUGCAGUGGCAUUCAGCACCUUACAUAAGUUAUUGAUGGGCCCAUCAUCUCAUUGUGAAGCUGAUCCUUCCACAACUAAUGAACUUAUGGAAUCUGCCUUCUAUAGUCAUUUAAAGGGGAUGCUGAUUGACAUGAAACUAGAGUUUCAGAGAUUGGACCCAGUCAUUGUUGCCUGUGUUGACCGUUUGUUAGGCUGUGACAAGCAUCAUUGGUUGGGAGAGCGCCUGCUCCAAACAAUGGAUGAAAAUCUUCAUACUAGACUCAUUUGCUGA